AUGGAAGAUCAAAGUGAUGUAAAAAAGCCAUUAUUACCACCAACUCUACCUCGUUGGUGGCGUGUAUUACCACCUCUAGCUCUAAUAAUGAUGAUAGCUGCCAUGGAUAAUUUAAUUAUAAAUGAUUUUAUUGAAUAUCGUUAUACGAAUUUAUAUGAAUUAAAUUCUUCAUCAACACAAAAUAAUCAUGAGCUAUGUUUAAAUGCUAGUCGAGUAUCGCAUAAUUCUACGUCUUCAAUAUUAACAACAACAUCAAAAUAUCCUAUAUCAACGACAAUGUCACCGAGUCAAAUAAUUCAAGAAUCAACUGCACGUUUAAAUGUUAUUCUAUCACUUGCUGCAACUCUCCCUGCUAUUUUAACAUCAAUUUUUCUUGGUGCUAAUUGUGAUCGAAUUGGACGAAAACCUUUAAUUGCUUUACCAUUUAUUGGUAAAAGUAUACGUUUUUUCAUUUUAACAGCUGUUGCUUAUUAUGAUCUACCGAAUAUAUGGAUUAUUCUGUCAACUAUGGUUGAUGGUCUUUUCGGAACAACAGCUCUAACUAUUUUAAGUUCAUUUGCUUAUGUAACUGAUUGUACAAAUGAAAAACUACGUACAUCAGGUAUUAUAAUUACAGACGUUUGUAUUGCUUCUAGUCGACUUUUACCAUUAAUUACAAUGGGAAUAUAUUUACAACAUCCAAGAUAUGUUCAAUCAAUGAUAUUUACGUUAUUAUUAAGUCUAAGUGGUUUUGUUUUUUGUAUUUUUCUCCAGCCAGAAUCAAAUUUGAAUAUUCAGCAUUUAAAUAUCUUUCAACAAUUGAAAAAAUGUGAAUUUAAAGCAAUAACAAAAAUCUUCCGAGUGUUUUUUGUUAAACGUCAAGGACAUAAACAAAGAUCAUUAUUAAUGUUAGUUAGUAUUCAUCUACUUUUAAUUAUUAUGAUAUGUGGAAGUCUAGCUAUGUAUUAUCUUUAUUUAUAUGGUGUGCCAUUUUGUUUUGAUUCAUUUAGUGUUAGUUUAAAUAGCUCAGUACAAACAGCUGCUACUAUUUUAUUAACUAUACCAUUUGCAAUAUUUCUUGCAAAACACACUGAUCAUUUGGUGUUGCCAGCACUUGGCUGUUUAGCUCUCAUGGUACAAUUUGUUUUAUUUGCAACAACUCAACAAAAGUGGAUUCUUUAUUUAGCUGUUGGUAUCGGUAGUGUAUUUACUGUAUUAGUACCAAUAAUACGUUCACGUAUUACAAAAUUAGUUGAACCCGAUGAAUAUGCUGUAGUUUUUAUACUUGCUAGUGUAUUCGAAUCAGGUGGUUAUUAUGCAAUUAGUGCAUUAACAAAUGAAAUUUAUCAAAUAUCAUUAACAUUUUAUCCAGGUCUUGUUUAUUUUUGUCUCACAAUAAUUGGUGUCAUAGCAAUUCUUGUGAUGUUGUAUGUAUAG